CUCAUAUUGCAUAAAAACACUCUCUCACUCACUCAUUCACUGAGUUCUCAAAAGAUUAAUUAAGAUGGCGAGAACACCUUAUUGUGACAAAAGUGGAAUGAGGAAAGGGACUUGGACUGCUGAGGAAGAUAGGAAAUUAAUUGCGUAUGUAACUAGAUAUGGUUGCUGGAAUUGGCGCCAACUCCCUAAGUUUGCAGGUCUUUCGAGGUGUGGGAAGAGUUGUCGGUUGAAUUAUCUAAGGCCUAAUAUCAAAAGAGGGAACUUCACUCAACAAGAAGAGGAACUGAUUAUCCGAAUGCAUAAAAAUCUGGGCAAUAGAUGGUCUGUCAUUGCGGCUGAGUUACCUGGAAGAACUGAUAACGAAAUAAAGAACCAUUGGCAUACUUCUCUUAAGAAGAGAGCUCAACAGAUGAACACAGUCUCAAAUGAAGAAACCAUAGCCACCAAAUCUCAAGCUAGUUCCCAUAUCUCAGACAUCACUGGCCCAUUAUCUCCAUUUUCAUCAUCCAGUGAAUUCUCUUCCACAACAUCAGAUCAGAGUUUCACUGCAUUGGAAGAUUUUGGUUUUCUGGAUUCGUUUAUAGAAUCUAUGGAUGACAGUUUUAUGCUUGAUAAUGACUUUACAAGCUUUGUAGAUGCGUAUACAGAGUCAACAGUUGAUAGUUUUUGGACGCACCCAUAUGAAGGUGACAUGUCCCCCAUUCUAUAGCAACAUCAACUUAUAAGGUUUCGUUUUUAUUCCUUCACUAAAAGAUUCCGUUGGUAUAUGUUAGUUUAAAAGAUGUUAGGGUCUAUUUUCAAACUAGAGGGAUGUUGAGAGUAUUUUAAUAGACCUCACUGGAUGUGAGUAUAAUUCCCUUUAAAAAUAAAGUAAUAUAAAAUGCUUUGUUCAUAGUUGUCUGUGGGAUUUUGCAUAUGCAGUAUUAUUGUUUAUAAAUGUGUAAUUCAAGAAGUGUUCAAGAUAGCCUUAAUGCUCCGGAAGUUUAGAGGGGAGAGGAAGAAAUUUAAU